ACUCGAGAUCCUGCGGCCGCGACGGACCGCACGAAUCUCCACGCGCAACCCCAGCCCAUUCUACUCUCCCCGCCGCCGCCGCCGCCGCCGCCGACGCCGACGGGAUGCAGGCCGCCGCGCGGCGAUGGAGAUGCUUCCACUCCACAGCCUCCGCUCUCUCCAAAUCCACGCCUCACAUCAGAUUUGCUGUCCGCGAAAAGCGUGGUGAUGCUAAGGCUGCUCUCAAGAACAUUCUUCUUAACGGUGGUCCCUAUUCGGAGAGCAGCAAUAAACAAAAGAGACAACAAAAAGGAAGUGGUAAAUCCAAGCUUACAAACUCCAACUAUGGAAAAAAUCCACAUAGAAAAGGCAAAAGUGCACAAAAAUGGAGAAACUUUGAUGAAGAUGACUGCAGUGAUACCCCUUAUGGGAAUUUUGGUGGUAAGAGAUCUUUUACCUGGUACUGGCCUGGGGAGAAUGACGAAAGUGGGAGUCCCAGUGGAUUUCAGUGGAGGGAUGAGUCUCAAUCGACCAAAUCAAGGCAAAGAGUUUGGAAUGAAAGUGAUGUAGAUGAGGAAGAAGAGCUUUGCUAUGAUAAUCUUCAAAGACAUAGAAUAUCACUUGGUUUGACGCCUUUAGGUCCCUUAGAACUUGAUCAUAUUAAGUCGGCUUUUCGUGCAUCGGCUCUCAGGUGGCACCCAGACAAACAUCAAGGAGCAUCACAGGCUGAAGCGGAGGAGAAGUUCAAACGCUGUGUGGAAGCAUACAAGGCGUUGGCUGGUGCUUUCAAACCAAGUGGCUAACAUUUUUAUGUUCAUGACAAAGGAGGUGAUAACCAAUGAAUUUACAAAGAGUUUCAACACAGCAAGAAGAAACAACGGCCUUUACCACAGAAACCCUCCUCUGCAGCAUAAGAGGGCAAUUACGUUUGUUUCGAUGGUAUUUUAACCAUUGGAGUUGUUUAGAGUGGUAAUUAACGAAGCAAUUGUUCGUAUAUAAACUCCACGAAAUCAGUUGAGGCAAAACAAAUUUCAGUGCAAUUUAUUCCGGAGAGUCUGGCAAUGUACAUUGUUUCUUCUAAAUUAAAGGCAUACUACUGUGGUAAGAAUUAUAAGAUUGUGCUUUGUGCAUUCA